AUGGUUGAGUUCAUCAUCGUUGUUGUUAAGUUCAUUAUUGUCUUCUCUUCUAACUUAGGGUUUCAUGUCUCGUAUUUUGUCUGUUUUAGGUCUAUAUCUGUUAGUACAGUUGGUAUAUCUCUUUUUAAGCAUAUUUGGUAUAUCUGUUUGGUUGUUUGGAUCCAUGUGUUGGAAGAUGUAGUAGAACAGACUAGACUGUUAGAGGCAAAAAAAGUAAGAUUUAAGAUGCGAGCAAGAAAGAACUCACCUUCAAAUGCUGUAAAGAAAACAACAGAUCAAAAGGAAGAUGAUGAUGAUGAUGAAACACAGAUAAAGGAAACUGAACACGAGAAGAAUGACAUUGAAUCGCCGCAUAAAAAGAGGGCUUCACAGAAAUCACCUGUUAAAGGUACUCAAUCGAGGAGAAUAACAAGAUCUCUUACCAAAAGAGAAAUAAGAACGACAAGGAUGUCAAAAAAAAUUGAACCGACGAUUGAAAUAAAAAAGAAGCAUGUUCGAAAAUCAAACAGAAACAAGAAGACUAGAAACAAGGAAGAAGAUGAUGUGGUAGUCUUAGAGGAAGAUGAUGAAGAAGACGAGCAGGAAGAUGUUGAGGAAGACAAGGAGGAAAAUGAGGAAGACGAGGAAGGUGUUGAGGAAGACGAGGAGGAAGAUGAGAAAGAAAAAGAGGAAGACAAGGAGGAAGACAAGGAAUAUGUUGAGGAAGAUGAGGAGGACGUCAAGUUCGUCAAGGUCAAGGGAAAAAGGAAGAAGUCUAGCCCACGUCUUCCUAACAAAAGGGUAAAAAAACAAGAAAGGAAAAAGGAGAAAAAGGAGAACGAAGAUGUUGUUGAGAUCAAAAAAGAGAGCUGCCAAUACAGGUCUAAUCUCGUCAGCCUUGUACGGCUUCUGAAACGCAGAAAAUUCACUCCUCUCCAAGUUCGUGAGAUCAAAAAAACCCCUUUUGCAAAUCUCUUGUUUGCAAUGACCAAACCGGAAAUUAAUGAACUUUUCGUGAAGAAAAGCGAUGAAAUUACAUUGAAGUUGGUCGAAAAGUACAAAGGGGAGGGAUACUUUGAUCUUGGUGGCAAAUUAGUUAAGAUAAGUGUCAAGGAUUUGACACUUAUCUUUGGAAUCAAAUCUGGACCAAUCAAAAUACACCUCCAGGGGAACCCGAGAAGGCCAAAUUCAGAUUUUCUCGACAGAGUCUUCAAAAAACAAAAGGAAAUGUUAGUUUCAAGGAUGAAGAUAUUCUUGAGAAAAGCUUUUACAAAAGAUUCUACUCAAAGUGCGCAGGACAUCGCACGUGUGCUAAUGAUGUUGGUUCUCGCGACAAUCUUUGUCCCACUCUCACAACCAAAAUUAAGCUGGGCUUACUAUCCAUUCAUUGACGAUCUCAACACAUCCACAACGUAUGCAUGGUCAACAUUCAUUAUAGAGCACUUGGUCAAAGAGCUUGAUACAAAGCAUACAAAUCCAACAACUGUUGGUGGAUGUGUACUUGGACUACUGUAUUGGCUCUGCGAGCAUACAAGCAUAAUGAAUGUGCAACAAUCAAAAGACAAUUGUCCAAGGUUUAUGAAGUGGGAUAUGAGUGAUUUACCAGAAGCAUUGGCACGAACACCAUUGGAAUCCCUUAAUCCAGAAAUGGUAAAGGAUGCAGAACUGGAGCCCAUCAACGAGAAAGAGAAAAAGUUGUUGCAUUUUCUUGAACAAAUUGAAAAUAAGAGUGAUGUGAAGGAUGAUGAUGCUCGGGAGUGCAGCUUGGACGACGAUGGAUCGAAAUCUGAGAAGGACGAGGGGGUUGAGGAGACUAACAAUGAUACCAACAACCUAAUUUCUGACCUACUCAAAGAAAUUGACAGGUUGAAGGAAGAAUCGAAGGAAAAGGACAGAGUAAUUCAAACUUUGCAACAAAAAAUAGCUGAACUUGAAAGGGACCAUGUUCCGUAUGAAGACGCCGCUGAGCAAAUGUUUGACUAUGAAACAGAAGUCGGGACGGUACACGUUGAAAAGGGUAUCCUGCAGGAAGAAAUUGUGCAAAAGGAGGUUGAGAUAGGAGGUUUGUACGUCAGCAAUGACUUAUUAGAGGAAAAACUUGAAAAAUCUGAAAAAGACAAAGCAAGUGUCGAAGAUGGCCUAGAUGACAUGGUAACCCAUAUGGUUACACAAGAAUACCACGACAAAGAAGAAGACAAAGAGAAAAGGCAAGAAGAGGAGCAGAGCAAGAAAGGAGAAGUUGAUCAAACUAUCAGCGAAAGAGUUGAGAUAGCAACUGGAUUGCAUGAUGAAAUUUUGUCUGACGAAGUCAUUGACAAAACAAUCUCCCAAAUCUUCAAAGACACUCAGGAAGGAGAAAGGAAAGAAGAAAAGAAAAGGAAGAGAGAACAAGAUGAUAUUGACCCGUCGUCAAUGGUAAAAGAUCUGAAGGGCAAAGAUGACAGAACAGUGAAGAUGGAGGAACGGUUCAUCUACUAUAAUAGGAACCAGAAGGAAAGAAAGAAAAGCAAUUCUGCAUUUGAAAUGACAAAGCUAUCUUUCGUCUGGCACAACCCAGUCAACAAUGAUACAGUUACAAUCGAAGACGUCCUGAAUCUGUUGAACGAGGAUGAUAUUGAAAACACGUUGGUUUUGUAUAUCUGCAUGUUGGUAAAUCAGUUCGAUUGUUGUAGUUUGAAUUUUUGUAGUUUGCAACAAUAUAGGUUUGUAUCUGUUAGUACACUUGGUAUAUCUGUUUUUAAGCAUGUUUGGUACAUCUAUUUGGUAGUUUUUGUAAUUUGGAACAAUACAGGUCUGUUUGGAACAACGUAUCUGUUAGUACACUUGUGCAUUGAUGGGCUCACUUACAUUUUGGAAAGACAAGAAGAAAAGACAGCAAAAACACAGGGGAACUGCUUCUACAUUACAUCCACCUGUUGGACACUAAUCAAAGAAAAAGCUGAUGCAAGAACAAACUUGAUCAACGAAAAGCUGAAAGAACUGGACAAAGUUAUCGACAUAAAUGGUGUUGCAUUCUACAAAUAUCUCAUAUUCCCGAUGAAUUCAAUGGGAGGCAGAAAAGUGAAAGCUCCUGACCAUUGGACUCUUCUGGUCUACGAUACUUCCAAGCAACAAUGGAUGCACUACAAUUCUUUGACAAAGCCCAAGAAAAAGAAGGAUCCUUACUUGACAGAUGCCUCCAUUGUGAAAGAGUACGUGGAAGAGCAAAUGAGGAAGUUGACUCUUAGUAAACCACCAAGCUUUGAACUCAUUUCUACACCUAAACCAACACUGUUUCCAACCAACACACUCAGUGCUCCAAUAAGCUCCAUUGAUGAUGCACCUCAGCAACAACCUGGAUCGGUUGAUUGUGGAAUAAUUGUGUGCUAUAUCAUUAAACAACUUGAAGAACAGAAGCCCGUCCCAACGUAUCUCACUGUGGAAAAUCUGAAAAAAUUCAGAGCUGAAUUGGUCCAUAUAUUCUUGAAUGACAAGCCCAGAACAUGGUCAAUAGAAGAAUGGAAAAGCAACCAGCUAAUGCAAGGAAUGGCAGAUUAG